UGGGCACCUCACACUGGUCCUCUACAGACUAGCAUAUCAGCUCAGACAGGAGGAAAUAUCCGUGCUCCUGUUCUACAUGGAAAUCACAUCACAGGUCCACUAACAGUUAUUUAUAACACACAUGGAGGUGAAGAUGUUUCCAGUUCCAGCACCAGCACAGUUCAGACAUGUGCUUCUGGACUCACUGAAGAUUUGUUAACUGUAUAUAAACAAAAAUUGGGGAAGACAUUUCAAAGCAUUAAUGAAGGAAUUUCACAGCAUGGGACAUCAACCCUUCUGAAUGAGAUUUACACAGAGCUCUACAUCACAGAGGGAGGGAGUGGAGAGGUGAAUAAUGAACACGAGGUCAGACAGAUCGAGACGGCAUCCAGAAGACCAGCAACACAGGAGAAACCCAUCAACUGCAAUGAUCUCUUUAAAGACAAACCAGUCCGAACAGUUCUGACUAAAGGAGUGGCUGGAAUUGGAAAAACGGUCUCUGUGCAGAAGUUCAUUCUGGAUUGGGCUGAAGGAAAAGCCAAUCAGGACAUCCACUUCAUAUUCCCACUUCCGUUUAGAGAGCUGAAUUUGAUGAUGAAGAAAAACCUCAGUCUGAUGGUGCUUCUUCAUACAUUUUUUAGUAAAGUUAAAGAAUUAGGCACAAUAGACUGUGAUACUUACAAAAUCCUUUUCAUCUUUGAUGGUCUGGAUGAGUGUCGACUUCCUCUAGAUUUUCAGAAAAAUGAGAGCUUGUGGGAUGUAACAGAAUCUGCUUCAGUAGAUGUGCUGCUGACCAACCUCAUCAAGGGGAAUCUGCUUCCCUCUGCUCUCCUCUGGAUAACCACCCGACCAGCAACAGCCCAUCACAUCCUUCCUGAGAGUGUUGACCUGGUAACAGAGAUACGGGGAUUCAGUGAUGCUCAUAAAGAAGAAUAUUUCAAAAAGAGAAUUAGUGACCAGAGCCUGGCCAAUAGCAUCAUCACACACAUCAGGUCCUCUAGAAGCCUCUACAUCAUGUGCCACAUCCCGGUCUUCUGUUGGAUUGCAGCCACUGUUCUAGAGAGAGUGUUGGGUGAAGCAGAGACUGGAGCGAUCCCAAAAACUCUGACUCAAAUGUUCACACAUUUCCUCAUCUUUCAGAUCAAACACAGGAACCAAAAGUACCAAGGAAAAUGCGAUCCUGAUCUUCAGUGGACAAGAAAGAUGAUUCUGGCACUGGGAAAACUGGCUUUUCAAAAGCUGGAAAAGGGCGAUCUGAUCUUCUAUGAGGAAGACCUGAGAGAGUGUGGCAUUGAUGUCUCAGACGUAUUAGUGUACUCAGGAGUUUGCACCCAGAUCUUUAGAAAGGAGUUUGUCCUACAUUUGGGGAAGGUGUUCAGUUUUGUUCACCUGAGUGUUCAGGAGUUUCUGGCUGCUUUAUUUGCAUACCUCACCUUCAUCAGCAAAGAUAGAACAGAACAGCUGACCCUUGAUCUCUCUGUAAUUUUUAAUCAGUCCACAGUGUCAGACUUCCUUAAGUCUGCAGUGGACAAGGCACUGCAGAGUGAAAAUGGACACUUUGACCUUUUCCUUCGCUUCCUUCUGGGCCUCUCACUGGAGUCCAAUCAGACUCUUCUACGAGGUCUUCUAACACAGGCAGAAAGCAGUUCUUACAGCAAAGAGGAAACAGUUCAAUACAUCAAGGAGAAGAUCAGGGAGAAUCCCCCUUCAGAGCAAUUUAUCAAUCUUUUUCAUUGUCUAAAUGAACUAAAUGAUCAGUCUCUUGUGAAGGAAGUGCAAACCUAUGUAAAUCGAGGAGAUUAUUUCCGUCUCAGUGCAGUCAGUCUUUCUCCUGCACAGUGGUCAGCUCUGGUGUUUGUGUUGCUGAACUCAGAAGAGGAGCUGGAUGAGUUUUUUCUGCAAAAAUAUUAUCCAUCUGAUGAAUGUAUUCUGAGACUGCUACCAGUAAUCAAAGCAUCAAGAAAUUUCAGGUUGAGUGGUUGUAAUCUAACCGAGAGAAGCUGUGCAAUUCUGGCCUCAGCUCUUAUCUCAAAGUCUUCAAGUCUGAUUGAACUCAAUAUGAAUGACAAUGAACUUUUGCAGGAUUCAGGAGUUCAGCUGCUCUCUGAUGGACUGAAUAGUUCGCACUGUAAACUGGAGAAAUUAGAGAUAAGUAGGUGUUCUCUCACAGAGAAAAGCUGUACAGCCCUGGUCUCAGCUCUCAGCUCAAACUACUCAUGUCUAAAAGAACUAGACUUGAGUCACAAUGAAAUUCAUGAUUCAGGAGUGAAGCUGCUCUGUACUGGAAUGGCAAAUCCACACUGUAAACUAGAGAUACUAAAGCUUGAAAACUGUAAUCUCACGGAAAAAAGUUGUGCAGCUUUAAACUCAGUUCUCAGCUUAAAGUCUUCAAGUCUUCGAGAUCUAACUCUGAGUCAAAAUAAAAUGCUGUGGGAUUUGGGAGUGAAACAGCUCUCUGAUGGACUGAAGAAUUCACACUGUAAACUGGAGAACUUAGCACUGAUUGACUGUAAUCUCACAAAGGAAAGCUGUGCAGCUCUGGCCUCAGCUCUCAGGUCCUCAAGUUUAAAAGAACUGGAUUUAAGUUACAAUAAACGGCUGCAGAUUUCAGGUGUCCAGCUGCUCUCUGAUGGAUUAAAGGAUCCACAGUGUAAACUGGAGAAACUGAGGUUGGUAGAUUGUAAUAUCACAAAGGAAAGCUGUGCAGCUCUGGCUUCAGUUCUCAGUUCAAAGUACUCCAGUUUAAAAGAACUGGACCUGAGUUUUAAUUAUAUGCUACUGGAUGUUGGUGUGAAGCAACUCUCGGCUGGACUGAAUAAACCGCAUUGUAAACUGGAGAAACUAGAGCUUUUGUACUGUAAUCUCACUGAGAAAUGCUGUGCUGAUCUCGCUUCAUAUCUGAGCUCAAACUCAAAUCUGAAGGAACUGUGUCUGGCUUACAACAAACUGCAGGAUUCAGGGAUAAAGCUGCUCUCUGCUGGACUGGAGAAUCCAUACAAUAAGCUAGAAAUACUGAGUUUAGGUUCCUGUAAUCUCUCAAAGGAAAGCUGUGCAGCUCUUGUCCCAGUUCUCAGCUCAAACUGUUCCUGUCUUAGAGAACUCAACAUGAGUGACAACAAACUGGUACAGGAUUCAGGAGUGAAGCUGCUUUGUCAUGCACUGGAUAAUCCACACAGUAAACUGGAGAAACUGUUUCUGCGUGGGUGUGGUCUCACAAAGGAAAGCUGUGAAGCUCUGGCAUCAGUUCUCAGCUUAAGUUACUCAAGUCUAAGAGACCUGGACAUGAGUUCCAAUGAACUGCUUCAAGAUUCAGGAGUGAAGGCUCUUUCUGCUGGACUGGAGAAUCCACAUUGUAAACUAAUUAAACUAACACUGUACAAAUGCAGUAUUACAGAGAAAGGCUGGGCUGCUCUGGCUUCAGCUCUAAAAUCAAACUCCUCUCAACUAAGAGAGCUGAACCUAGAAGACAAUGAGCCGGGAGAAUCAGGAGUGGAGCUGCUGAAGAAUCCACACUGUAAACUGAAGAAACUACAAAUCUAAACCCCAAACAGCUGAUCUUCUUUCAUACAAAGAGGAAGAUGAGGAGAAGAUUAAGUCCUAGAACCGAAUCAUUCUCUUUAUAUGGUUCUAUGUGGUGCUAUGCGGCUUGGUGUUUAGCUAUCUCCAGUUAAACAAUGUAGAACAGUUUUUUUCUCAGUUCUGGAUCUGGAGCAGCACUAUCCUGUGCAGAGUAGUGUUCUUCAUCUCUAACACACACAGUUCAGCAGAGGAUAGUUAUUUAAAACAUUAGUGGAUUAGAUGUGUUUGGAGCAAAGAAGCUCCAACUGACAUCUGUGUAAAUAGUAUCCUUGUUUAGGACAAAUUUGGGCUUUGUUUAGGCACCCUCUUUAAUUUUUCUCUCUUUGUUAUAUCUCUAUUCAUGAACUAAACUCUUUUAAACUCUAGUUUGUUUGAUAUUUGUUUUUCAACUGAUUCUGUAUAAUCCCUAAAUUUUAGUUAAACUCUCUCUGUGUGAUGGAACAUGGGAUUGUGUUAUUACAGAUGUUUGUGUGUGGAAAUGUUUUUUUUUUAUCGGAUUAAUCUCAUUAAUAAAUAAA